AUGGCUCUCGGCGAGGACCACUUCAUGUACUUCGAGGGCAGCGAGGAGUUUGGCAAGCUUGUUUGUGAAGCGUACGAUAAAGCCGGUAUAGUCACCGGCCAACUCAUGUUCUGGAACGAAGAGAAAGAGUCUGGGUCGGCUGUGUAUACACAGAGCGAUCUAGAUACCUACGCCCAUAUCAUUUACCUUGACGUACCUCCUGAGGAAAUCGUCAAGUGCCGUCUCGAUGAUCCUGGCAGAGAUCGCUCGCACGUCUUAAUCCCCCAUGUGCGGCGCUGGGUGGAAGCUGAGAAGCAAAUGCUGCGCGGCCUUUGCUACAGCAAUAAUAUUCUUUUCUGUUCGGUGUCUCCUAGUAUGAUGGCCAAGGAUGUUGAGAACUUCCUCCAUGAUUUCAGCAAACAUGACGAACGACACAACCUUUCCAACGCCCUCCACGCCCUGGACAGCAUCCCUGCCAUACAAAGUGGUACCCUGCAACGGAUGAUCGUACUUGAUGCAGACCGUACGUUGACUUCACAAGACACAGGCGCCCUGUUUUGGAAGAUUUUCCCCCCACUCUUGGGAUAUGCAGACGGAGACUGGUCGAAGACACCCGCGCGGGCUGUAUUUGAGAGUCCUCUGGGCUACACAUACAAUGCCUUCCGGCAGGUCACUCUUCUUCAUGAAAAGCUUCGCGAUAAUCAAUAUGACUUUGUUUGCCGGGAGGUUGCCAGGUCUAUAACUAUGGACGAGGAAUUCGUUACUCUUCUGCACCGCAUCGCGGACCAGAAUCACGUCGCUGCAGUGGUCGUGACCUGUGGCCUGGCUCUCAUCUGGAAAUAUGCGCUGGAAAUGGAAGGUUUGCAGGGCAAGGUUUCCGUCAUUGGAGGUGGCCGCCACAGCGAUGGUUUUGUUGUGACCCCAGAGGUGAAGGAAGCAUUGGUUGAUCAUUUGAAGAAGCAGCACUGUCUCGAAGUUUGGGCAUUUGGAGACGGUCCUCUUGACCUCAAGAUGCUCUGUAAAGCUGACAAGGCCCUUGUUGUUGUGGGAGACGAAGCAACGAGAAGUCGGUCCAUGGACAAAGCCUUGAAACAAGCAAUCGAGAACGAUGGGCUGAAGGCAGAACAAUGUCUUCGACCGGCUUCUGUAUCACCUCGCCUUACCAAGGAGAUUCUUCCUGAAGUCAAACUUCUCGACCCUACCUUUGUUGAUUCCCUUCUUUCAGACGGCACGAAACUGAAUGUCAUCAGCGCUGAGAAAUUGAACCCAGAUGCCGUCAAGAUUCUGAUGACGCCCUUGCGAGAUGCUAACGUGCAAGGACCACGUUUGAGGGAGGCACACAGUGAGGCGGGCUGGUAUCUAGCCAAAACCUUUUUGCCUACGCUCAUUGGAGCGGAGGAAAUUGAUACUCCCCACCCACAAGGGCAUAAUACUACCGGCUAUCAACUCUGGAAGGAGGACAAGAUCUUGAUCGUAGCGUUAAUGAGGGGAGGCGAGCCCAUGGCAUUCGGGGUCAGCAAUGCAUUUCAGCGGGCCAUGUUCGUCCACGCCAAAUAG